AUGCGUGCCCAUUUGCUGAGGAUCACCGACGCAGGCCGAAGGAACAUGCUGUUCCACGUACCCAUGACAGAGUUGUACGAUCUUUGGGCCAAAUGUCAUAAGGAAACUGAUUAUGCACUGGGCCUACUUGCUAUGAAUCAUUUCUACAACUUUGGUCGCCAAAUCUCGCCCAUUGGAUCCACAAAAUUGCUUUCAUUAUGCAUCAGGUGUAAACAAUAUGACGAAGCAAUUCAGCUACUAAAGCAUUCUAAUGCCUGGUUACAGGAGCCACCCUCGCUAUACCUAAUUUACACAUUGAUGAACAUCCUAUUCGUCCGUGCAGAAUAUCACAAAGUUAGGUUAUGUUUCAAAUAUAUAAGGGAGAAUUGGAAAUUGAAGGUUAGGCCAAGAUUGUAUGAUAUCACCAUCAAAUCUUGCCUUUUGAUGCCCAAAUAUCCGCUGCAAGAGGCACUGAUAAUUUAUAAUGAUUCGCAGCUAAUGGACGUAUAUCUGCCAGAAUCUACCCAUUUUACGCUUCUAAACUGCACACUAACAUUGUAUAACAAUGGAGGGAGCGAUGCAGAUAAAGAAUUUUACUGGAACACAAUGAGACAUAUCAGGGGACGGUUGGAAAUGGAAAGUUUGAUGGCUUGUGAUAAAUUUGCACUUAUGCCCAAGACAUUAGACGCGCUAAGUGCUCUCGACAAGAUUCUCUCGCAAUGA